AUGGCAAGCGCAUCGGGGUACAACUACCAUCGCUUCGCGCGCGCUGUCCUCAAGAAAGCUCGCAAGUGGGAGCCUUCUCUCAGCAUCCAGCUCUACCCGACCUACUGGCGCUUCGAGCAUUCAGAAAUCAACUUCCUCUACGAUGGUCCGAUGAAGCCCUUCCUCAUGGCCUUGCGUGCGCAGGUCAUCCCCGCAGCACUAAUCCCCUUCCUGUAUGACAUUCGCCCGCCCGUGUCCUUCGUCGACGGAUGUCUAGUCGUAGAAAUACAGGAUUUCCGAAAAGGUCCAGAAACGCGGAGUCGAGUGGUCAUGCGACCAGCACCAGAGACAUUGCCGCUCACGAUCGAUAACAUGCUCUCGCGACGGCAAGAGCGGUGGGACGACAACAUGACGCUAGAACUAGAGUCUCGCAUCAUGGUGAGUUUGCCAGGCCACUCCCCAAACGUUGGUGCCGAUGGCCAGUUCCGCUCCAACGCGCACAAGGGCGAGGAGGAAGACAACGAGCUCGAGUCGAUCCGGAAGCUGCUCGGCGCCGGAACACGGAGCCAAGCAGGCGCCUUCCAGCCCAACUGGUCUGUCUUACGGCUUCUGGAGCGGAUCAAGGCGCACAACAAGCAGAAGGAGUCGGAGGCCGCGGCGCGGGCAGCCGGGCAAGCGAAGCAGCUGCCCACGGGAGGACCAGGCGGUGGUCCUCCGCCGCCAACGAACGAGGAGAAGAAGAAGUCGAAGAAGAAGCGCCCAGCAGCCGAGGCGGCGGACGACGGGGAGAAGAAGCCAGCAAAGAAGAAGAAGGCUGCUCCCAAGGUUGCGCCUGCUGCCGAGAAGGAGAAGGACAAGUACCUCCCCAACGACAUUGUGCUUGACGGAUCCAAGGGACGCCAGUCCCAGCUCGCCAAGAAGAUCACGCCCGGACAGCAUCUCGAGAACCAGCAGGUCUUUGGUGCCUUCAACGCGCACGCGAUCCAGCUCCAGGCCGCCGUCAAGGCCGACGGGCGGUGGCGCAUCAUCGUCUUCCCCGGCGACGUGCGCAACGCGGACCGACUGCAGGCGUACAACGCCCUCGGCGAGGACCUCGAGCAGCUCAGCAAGACGUACACGCCCAAGGACGCCGACCCGGACGCCGUCAUCCAGACCCUCACCGUCUUCGACUCGCCCCACAAGGACGUCCAGUACCUUGCUGGCAAACUGCCCUCUGUCUACCUCCCGAGGCGCAAGCCGUGGAACAUCCGCGCCUUCGACACGGCCUUCACGGACGAGGACACGUACCACGAUGGACCAUGCGCGGCGUACAAGGGCUACGGCAUCGACCCCAACGUCGGCGCUGUCAUCGUCGUCCGGCCGGAUCACUACUUCCGCGGCGCAGCAGGUGCUUUGCUAGUGUACGACGUGACAAGGCGAGAGAGUAAGUCUAGUCACUGGCUUAUCAUCUCCCAGGUCCUCUGCUGGGAUGGGAAUGUAGCGGUGCUCGCUGCGCUCGCACUCGUGCUAACGGUAGCCUUUGAGCACGUAACCUCCUGGCUAGACGACCUGCGCACACACGCCGAGGAGAACUGCUCCAUCAUCCUCGUCGCGAACAAGACCGAUCUCUGCUGCAAUACGCCAACGGCCCUGCCGCAGAUCCAAUUCGGGGAGGCAGUGAGUCCCUCAGAUGUGGACCCGGUGGACCCGGUGGAUCCGGUGGAUCCGGAGGAGACGCCCUCCACUCCGACAUCCCCCUCUGCCGCUUCCGCUUCCGCCAGCGACUCGAACUCAAACUCUGCGUCAGGGUCGGGGUUGCUGCCCCGCGCCGUGUCGACGCUCGAGGGCGCGUUCUUCGCGAAACAGCACGGGUUGCUCUACGUCGAGACGAGCGCGAAGGAGGGAUGGGGCGUCGUGGACGCGUUUGAGUGGACGGCGAGGCAGAUGCUGGAACGUAUUGAGCAGGGCCAGGUCGACCGGAAAGCCAAGACGGUCGAGCUGGGUAAGGGCCGGAAUGGCGCCAAGGGGGGUUGCUGCUGA